CUGUUGAGCUGUGUAGAAAAGAGGACAUACUGGCACCUCUCUCUGUUCUCUGUCUCUCUUCAUAGUCUCCUCUGACUGUAUUUUUGUCUUUGGGAAAUUAUUUUAAUUUCAUUGUUCUUCAUUAACAAGCUGGAACUGGACUUAUUGGACGUUAUUCCCAUUGUGAAGAGGGUUCAGUGGUCAAACAGUCAAUUGGUUGGACGAUCUGACGGUUUUCUGGUUGGACUAUUACCACAGAGGGAGUUUUCUGUGUUUGAGGAGAGCAGGGAAGAGACGAGCUAGCUGCUGAGUGAAGGAGUGAAAGAGUAUCAUCUUGUAAUUAGUGGACUGGACUCAGAAAGAGGUGCUGGUUUAAGAUAAGGAAAAGGAACAAUCACCCUGGAUUCCCAUUUAGAGGAAGUACAGGACGAGGAGGGUUACAUUUAAUUUCAACCAACCAUUGACUGUUGUUUAACCAAGGAUGGAACUUGCUUGUGUUUGAGAAGAGCAGGGAAGACCUACCGUAGCUGCUGAGCGUGAAGAACACAGGUGGUUACAUUACGGUUUAACCAGCCAUUGACCAUGGUUGACCGCUCUGCUGCGGAACCCACCAUGAGCUCCAGUCUGGUCAACUCUCUUGCCAAGGUGUACGACCCCAACCCUCUUCAUGGUCAGAAACUGGCCGGGACAAAGCUGAUACGUUCACCCACUGGACCUGACAAACAACCCCAGACACCGUCCUCACCCUCUUCCUCCUCCUCCUCCUCUUCUCCGGUCAUUGUUACAUGGUGCGUUGAGACUGAAAGCCGCAUGGACUCUCUAAGCAGCCAGAUGGAGCGUCUGCUUAACCUCCAGGAGACCGUCAUCACCCGGCUGGACGGCCUGUCCCGGGACCUGGGGGGCGUGGGGAGGGAGGUGGCCUCUCUCCGGUCCGGGGCCUGGGGGUCGGCUGGAGGUCUGGGCCAGACCCAGGGUAAGACCCAGACCCAGGGGGUGGAGGUGGAGGGUCAGGCCCAGGAGGUGGCUGCGGCCUGUAGGGUGCUCCAGGGGGUGGUGCAGGAGGCCAGCCAGCGAGUGGAGCAGCAGGGGAAGAGGCUGGAGGGAGUGGAGAGGCUGGUGGAGGGAAUGCAUCAGGUCAUCGGUUUCAUCGGAGAGGUGGUGAAGAGCUCUCUGCUUGCUGAGUUGCUGUUUAAUAAGCCUGGAGGCUGUAAGGGGGCUAAGGCCAAACAAGCCAGGAAGCUGAAGGGCAACGGGAUGAGGGAUGGGAAGGACAAGGCCAAGCUCAGCCUGAAGUGCCUGAAAGCCCAGAAGAAGAAGCCUCCAGAUGCAUCAGACUCUGUAGAGGCCCUCCUCCUAGACCAGGUAGAGAAGCUCAACAGGCAUAAUGCUGAGCGUUCCCAUGGUAAUGGGGUGGUUCUGGACAUGCCCCACAUCCCUGUUGUCCAAUACAUGGAAGAGCUAGAGGGGAAGGAGGAGGAGAAGAGGAAAACCCCUGAGCAGGAGGAAGAGCAGAGGGCCAGAGAAGAAGAGGAAGGGGAGGGGGAUAUAUUUGGUGAAUCUGACCCUGAGGAAGAGGAGGGAAGAGAGGGAGAGGCACUGAAGAUUAAGGUGGAGCACGUUCAAGAGGAAGACUGGGAGAAGAGAGGGGAAGGAGGGGAGAAAGAGUCAUCAGAACCUCUAGAAAGUUCUGGGGAGUUAGGUGAGGUGGCUGCCAGCAGUAAACGUGGAAUCAAAGAGGAGUAUUGGGUGAAAGAUAACUUGAAGAAGAGUCGAGUGGAGGAAAGGAAAGAGGGGGAAGAGGAGGAAGAAGGAGUUCCUGAGGGUUCAGAGCUUCAGGCUGCCCAAUCAGAGGCAGAGAAGACGGAGAAGGAAGAGGAGGUGGAUGAUGGACAGCCAAAAGAGUACAUCAUUGACUCUAGCCCUCCGCCAGCAGCCCCCUUUGACCACCGCAUCGUGACUCCGAAACCUCACCAGGUUACUACCUUCUACACCAUUAACAGAGAGGAGGUCCUAGGAGGGGGACGUUUUGGACAAGUCCAUAAAUGCGUAGAGAACUCUUCUGGACUGAAGCUGGCUGCCAAGAUUAUCAAAGCCAGGAGCCAGAAAGAGAAGGACGUGGUGAAGAAUGAGAUCCAGGUGAUGAACCAACUCAAUCACGCCAACCUGAUCCAGCUCUACGCUGCCUUCGAGUCACACCACGACAUCAUCCUCAUCAUGGAAUAUGUGGAUGGAGGGGAGCUGUUUGAUCGGAUCAUAGACGAGAACUACAACCUGACAGAGCUGGACACGGUGCUGUUCAUCAGACAGAUCUGUGAGGGAUUACAGUACAUGCACAAGAUGUACAUCUUACAUCUCGACCUCAAGCCGGAGAACAUUCUGUGUGUGAGCAGAGCUACAAACAAGAUCAAAAUAAUAGACUUUGGGCUUGCAAGAAGGUAUAAGCCCAGGGAAAAGUUGAGGGUUAAUUUUGGAACGCCGGAAUUCCUAGCUCCAGAAGUCAUCAACUAUGAAUUUGUCUCAUUCCCCACAGACAUGUGGAGUCUGGGGGUCAUCACAUACAUGCUGUUGACUGGUCUGUCUCCAUUCCUUGGUGACGAUGACAAUGAGACACUGAACAACAUCCUUGCCUGUCAGUGGAACUUUGAGGAGGAGGAGUUCACCGACAUCUCUGAGGAGGCCAAAGACUUCAUUGCACGCCUGCUGAUCAAGAGCAAUAGUUGGAGGAUGAGUGCCUCACAGUCACUGAAACAUUCCUGGCUGUCGGACCGUAAUCUUCACUACCGCCUGCAUCAGAAGAAAAAUAAGUGCCACUCAACGCACCCUCACCCUCCCCGAAAAUCUAGACCGUCCCCCAUCCAGAAUGAGUCUCCCCUCCAAAAGGACUCCCAAGACCCUGUGGGCACCUUAUGAUGACACGGGCAGGUGCCUAUUGUUGACACUGGGGCCAGGGGCGGGGCCCAACCUGGACCAACACUGCUGUACCUGUAUGGCUACUCGAUCACUACUCUCUGCACGGCCUCACAUCCUCGCAUUCGUUAUCUUUGCACCGCGGCUCGCUAUAGCUCUCGCCACAGAUGGGAGGGCGUGAGGCCGGCAGGAAGUUUAGGGUUACAUUUCUACCUCCAGCCCCCUCCCACUCUGUUACUCUGGCCACAACAUCACCAAAGACUCUCAGCUAACAACCCAGCUAACAAUGUCCACAGUGGCGCGCGGUUCACCAUGCGGUCAUUCAGUCCAGCAAGCACAAGAAGAAGGAACCUUCGCCAUGACAAGGGAAGAGGGGAUUGCAGGUGGGGUGGCCAACAACUGUUUGUUCAGCAGCUGAAUGUCCCUUAUGGGCCAGUGUAUUGCUCUCCUAGCUUCAGUUGGGUAACUGAAAGAACCCCGUUGGGACAGAGCAGACAUGUGCAGCCCCUGGGCUGAGGUUUAGGAGGAUGGCUUCUAGUCUGAGAGGACGUCAUGCACAGCCCCUCGGACCCAGUAAGGCAUCAUCCUGCUGAAUGAAAGAUGAGGCGUGGCGUGAAAUAGCGGAGUGCCCGUUUUCCCCUAGUAGAAAUUGUAUCCAGUAUUGAUGUAGUAUUUAUCAUAUUGCAAUGAAUGUGGUGUAACGGCUACCUAAAAGUUGACAUUACUUGAUAAAGAAAUGUAUGUGUUAAUAGGAUGGCUACCGUCAUAAUAGUUUUGUGUCAUUCAAAAAAGGUAUUUUGCACAGUCACAUGUUAUAAGCAUCAUGCCCUGAACUUUAAUGGAUCACUAUCGAGUACAAACGGAACCCCCAUCAUAUUAUUUAUGUGCAUUUUCAGCAUACUGUGGAUGUGAAAUACCUUAUCAUAGGUCUAGUUUACCAAGUCUUGUCAUGCCAGUGCUUUAUUAUUUAUUUGAGGGGUUUUGAAUUAGAAGUCUGGUGUGGGAGCAUUUCUUUUCCUUGUAUUUUCCUAGCAUAGUUUCUGGAGUUAGGAGUACUGUCCAUUUCUUCCUCAUUUGCCCCAUUGAAGUUUGUUGUAUUAUUUGAUUGAAAUUGGAACAUUAACAGAUUAUUCCUUAGUAUUUGCUCUUCCCAUUGCUGCUAACGUUACUUUUCUCCUGGCACCACAGGUGUGAAUUUACUAUAAAACCACCUCUGUGCUUGCAUGCUGUUGGCAUGACCUUUGACCCUGCUUUGCUUUGGCCAUUUGGAGUAGCCCUCUCACCUUCCAUGAAGGCAUACUACUGAACACUACCUAUAUGAUUGAAUAAUUCAUGUUUAUCACUGAAGUUAGUCGCCAUCCACUGGGCACAGAUGUCAGUUCGACGUCUAGUUUUGAUUUACAUUUGGUUCAGUUGUCAACUAACAUGAAUUCAAUAAUUAUUUAGGUUAAAAUAUUUAUGUUAAAAGUUGGGUGAAAAAAAGAUGAAAUGCCCUCACGUUGAUAACGUAAAUUCAAUUAUACUGAACAAAAAUAUUACCACAACAUGUAAAGUGUUGGUCCCAUGUUUCAUGAGCUGAAACAAGGGACAUGUCCCCCCCCAGUUUUAUCAUUGGAAUGUGAUACUAAACAAGGCAACGGUGUGCUUUUUUAAAUGUAUUUUUUAUUUUACCUUUAUUUAACUAGGCAAGUCAGUUAAGAACAAAUUCUUAUUUUCAAUGACGGCCUAGGAACAGUGGGUUAACUGCCUGUUCAGGGGCAGAAUGACAGAUUUGUACCUUGUCAGCUCGGGGGUUUGAACUUGCAACCUUCCGGUUACUAGUCCACCGCUCUAACCACUAGGCUACCCUGCCGCUCCAUUUAGGACCAUGCAGACGCCUCCGAGCGGUCGGGUAGGCUGUUAGGAAUGUUUAUCCAACUGAAAACAAGUUCUAAAAUAAUAAUCAUAAUUAUUGUCCCCCCCACUUAGAUUAUCACACAGGUGCACCUUGUGUUAGGGACAGUAAAUGGCCACUCUAAAAUGUGCAGUUUUGUCACACAACACAAUGCCACAGAUGUCUCACGUUUUGAGGAAGCGUGCAAUUGGCAUGCUGAGUGCAGGAAUGUCCACCAGAGCUGUUGCCAGAGAACUGAAUGUUAAUUUCUCUACCAUAACCACAUCCAACGUCGUUUUAGAGAAUUUGGCAGUUUGAUUGGCUGGGCCUGACUCCCCAGUGGGCGGGCCUAUGCCCUCCCAGGCCCACCCAUGGCUGCGCCCCUGCCCAGUCAUGUGAAAUACAUAGAUUAGGGUUUAAUGUAUUAUUUUCAAUUAACUUACUUCCCUAUAUUAACUGUAAAUCAGUGAAAUUGUUGACAUUUUUUGCAUGUUGCAUUUAUAUUUUUGUUCCAUAUAGUUUUACAUGUUGAUUCAACAUCAUCACAUAGAUUUUUGGGGUUGAAAUUACAUGGAAACAACGCUGAUUCAACCAGUGCCAGUCUAUUUGUGCUCUCACACCAACUUCUUCUCACUCAUUGUCAUGUCAAUUAUAAUUAGCUUGACACUGACAGCAAUGAAGUUGGCAAGAGCACAAACUGAGCUGGGACCAGGCUAUAAAGUUAGAAUUUAUGUUCAUGAGUUGUCUUGGUUCCUAAACAGAUUUUACUUGAAACGCAAGGCUUAGCGUCCAUGAGAAGGGUAUAUAGUAGUGUAUAAGACCCAGGAGAGAAUAAAACACAUAAAAUAAGAGUUUAUUUAUUUAUUUGUGUUCUACUGAUUACAUUUGAAGUGUUUGAGGAAUUCUAUUGUAGAUCUAAAUGAAAUAACAAUGUGUGUAUUAUUGCCUCGCUAUUCUCAAACUAUGGAGAGUGGGUUGAUUAUUAUUUGGUCUGAUAUUGAUUGAUUGUCAGAUGAUUUCUUGGUCAAAUGUGCCCUCCAUGAUCUCAAGUUGUUCUCUUUAUACCCUUUCAAAGUGGAAAAGCGUUGUGAAUUGUUACAAAAUAUGUCAUUUGUUUUUCCAAGUUUGUUUUCCUGUGAUGAUACCUAGAUGGAAAUGUAGAAAGAUAAAUAAAUAAAAAUCCUGACAUGA